CCAGUAUAAAUCCUCUGUCAGAGCACGCAGUAGCUCUCUCUUGUCGUUUCUCAAAGGCCUUCUUUCUGGCUCGGUCUGGCUUUGGUGUUACGUGAACCAUGGCAGACCAGGCUUUUGUCACACUCGCAACAACUGACAACUAUGCCAAAGGAGCAAUGGUCCUUUGCCAGUCCUUGAGGAACCACAACACAACCAGGAAAAUCGUGGCCCUGAUUGGCCCCUAUGUCUCCGAAACCUCCAGAGCAGUGCUUCGUAAGUUGUAUGAUGAGGUCAGGCUGGUGGAUGUGUUGGACAGUGGGGAUGCCACACACUUGGCCAUGAUGAAGAGACCCGACUUGGGCGUCACGUUUACGAAACUCCACUGCUGGACUCUUACCGAAUACUCCAAAUGCGUGUUUAUGGAUGCAGAUACUCUAGUUUUGUCUAACAUUGAUGAAUUAUUUGAAAGAGAGGAGCUGUCUGCAGCACCAGACCCUGGCUGGCCUGACUGCUUCAACUCUGGUGUGUUUGUCUUCCGUCCCUCCAAUGAGACUUAUGAGAAGCUUAUUACAGCUUGUUCAGAAAAUGGCAGCUUUGAUGGUGGGGAUCAGGGAGUUCUCAACAGCUUCUUCAGUGAUUGGGCAACAGCAGACAUUUCAAAACACCUUCCUUUUAUUUACAACCUCAGCAGCAUUGCCAUCUACACCUAUCUCCCAGCAUUCAAAAAAUAUGGCCAUGAUGCCAAGGUAGUUCAUUUCCUCGGCAAAAUCAAACCAUGGGACUAUAGUUUUGAUACCACUAGCAAAACCGUAAAAGGACAGUCCCAGGAUGCUUCUGCCAUGCACCCAAACUUCUUGCUUCAGUGGUGGGAGCUAUUCUCUUCCUUCGUUUUGCCCCAGAUGAAAGCCGAAUAUGGUGACCAGCCCUUCCAUUCCGGAUGCACAGAGAGUAAUAUUCACGAAGACGUUGCUCAGGUGGAUACAUCCCAUCAUUCCCCUCCGCCUCAGAUGUCUUCUCAAGAGCGGAAACAGAGGUGGGAGCAGGGCCAAGCUGACUACAUGGGAGUGGACUCUUUUGACAACAUUGAGAAAAGACUAGAUUCCUUCCUAGAGUGAUGAGCACCCAGCAAUGCAUUAUAAGAUCUAGAUUUGUACUGGGGUAUGUAUAGGGCAUAACAUUACAAACACUUAAAAACAUAACUUUUACACCACUUUAAGUGGUAUAUGCAGCUCAACCAUUCAACCUCUUUCAUUGUGAUUGCAAAAGUUAUAAGAAUGUUUUUGCGUAAUUCUGUGUGUCCACACGUUGCCUCAUUUCCUGAGGUAACAACAGGCAAGCAACACGUCUCUGUCAAGAUACUGCUGUUAAAUGUUGUUUUAGUUACUGUAAUUUAAAUGCGUUACCGUCCAAGAAUUUUCAAGUUUGAUUUGUCUAUUGUGGAGAUCAGAAACCGUUGGAAAAAAUCAUGCAGCAACCAAGGCCAAACCUUGUAAAUGUUUUACACUGCAAGUAUACAGCUCAUCACUUUAGCUUCAAUAUUAAUCUGCUGAUGACCUUCAUGAUAUUGUUUACAAGAUGCUUCGUAUACAGCAACUUCUGUGAACGGUCAUUACGCAAGGUGUGAUAUACAUCGGUAACUCUUAUUGACUGAACCAAGGUCACUCCACCCUCGCUUACUGGGCAGUCACUCCCUGUACCAAGGUUAUGGCAACAAUGUCUUUGCUUCACUUAGUUCCACCAUACUAGUGUUAACACAAUUUCUGUAGCUGUAACUACUGAAAGUUUAACUUUCCUGUAGCUCUGCCCUUCACCUGCAACAUCUUAAAUAAAGAACAAGUAAUGUGAA